AGAAAAGUAAAAAAGCGAAGUGAAACGAUUCGAAGCACGGUUGUAUUGGGUUUUUUCAUGGAAACCAGACGAAGCUUACUUUCUUUGACCACCCUUAUUUCUCUUUGUUUUGUCAGUGCUUGUGUUCACAGGGGCUUUGGUGGCAGGAAAUGGGGUUAGAUGUUGGAAGAUAAUGCUUAUAAAAAGCUGCCCAUUCCGUAGAAGGGUGUUCAAAAAUUCAAGCUUUGAAUCAAUCAAACAACUCGUGGCUUUUGAAUCGGGAUAAUUUAACCGUUGAAUUUAAAACCCCAUUCAAAAGAAUCUCACUCAGGUUGUUAUUUCCCUAAGACUGCUGUUUCUGUCGUUUUCGUCCCAUCCCUGAAACGUAUUGGAAUUUCAGUGGUGGACUGCAUUUGUUGCCUUGUAACUUGUAAGGAGUAUAUAAGUGAGGAAGGCCUCAGAAUCAGAGACAUCUUGUGUUCGCUUUGAUAGAGAAAGAAAGAGAGAACUUUUUGCAAAGGCCCAGAAAAAGAGGACUUUUUGCAAAGGCUCUGCUUCUAGUUUUCAGGUGGAAAUUUCAAAAUUCCCUUACUGUAAAUUGAAGUCAAUUGGUGGUUGCAAAUCUAUGGGAUUAUCGCUCUCGUUGCUCAAUUCUGCUUGGGAAGAAAUUGUGAAACACCGAUUUUUCAGUUUGAGAGACAACAUUAAUUUCACCUCAAAAGAUGGAGAAAUGACGAUACUGAAAUCAGAUAGCUUUAAGAAGACUGAUUCAGAAACAAUAACGACCAGAACUGAUAAUUCAAGAAACUUGAAGAACUGCAGACCAGAAAAAGUGAUUCUUGAAAGAACUCUUUCAAUGCUUGAAAGAAGUCUUUCAUUCACCAGUCUAGUUGAGGACAAACAGAAUUUGGGUUCAAAUAAUUUGGAUGGAAAGCAAAACAGACUGAAAAGUAAUUUGAUUCCCACAAUAUCUCUUCCUGAACCACCAGCCAUAUUUUUUUUUCCAAGGCCCGUUAGUGACCAUGAUGCUGCUGCAAUUAAGAUUCAGAAGUUCUAUAAAAGUUAUAGGACUCGAAGAAACCUUGCAGAUUGUGCUGUUGUGAUUGAGGAGCUCUGGUGGAAGGCAUUAGACUUUGCAGCUCUCAGACGGAGCUCUGUGUCAUUUUUCAAUGAGGAGAAACCGGAAACUGCAGUUUCAAAGUGGGCAAGGGCAAGGACAAGAGCUGCCAAGGUGGGAAAGGGCUUAUCUAAGGAUGAGAAGGCUCAAAAACUGGCCCUACAACAUUGGCUUGAAGCAAUUGAUCCACGCCAUCGAUAUGGACACAAUUUACAUCUAUACUAUGAUAUCUGGUUUAAAAGCUCAAGCAGCCAACCCUUCUUCUACUGGUUGGAUGUUGGGGAUGGCAAAGAAACUUAUCUAGAGAAAUGCCCAAGGCCGGUUCUACAACGCCAAUGCAUAAAAUAUCUUGGACCAAAAGAAAGGGAGGCAUAUGAAGUAAUUGUCGAAAAUGGAAAGCUUGUGUUUAGGCAAAGUAGGAUGCUUGUGGAAACCACAGAAGGUAGUAAAUGGAUAUUUGUUCUCAGCACAUUGAGGGCUUUGUAUGUGGGGAAGAAGAAGAAGGGGGAGUUCCAGCAUUCAAGCUUUCUAGCAGGUGGCGCCACCACAGCAGCUGGAAGACUAGUUGCUCAUAAUGGCAUAAUCGAGGCUAUAUGGCCUUACAGUGGUCACUACCACCCAACAGAAGAGAACUUCAGGGAAUUUGUUAGCUUCCUUGAGGAGCACAAUGUUGAUCUUACCAAUGUUAAGAAAUGUGCAAUUGACGAUGAUGAUAGCACUCCAUUUAAGGUCACUAGUGAGGAGGCACAGGCAGAGCCAAUGGUGGAUGCUGCUAAAACUAGGGAUUCUGAAGAGACAGAUGGGGCCACCAUGGAAGAGACUGAGGUUGCUGAUGAGGCCAAUGUGGAAGCACCAGUAUUUGAGCUUACCAAACGAUUAUCAUGCAAAUGGACCACAGGAACAGGGCCUCGAAUUGGGUGUGUUAGAGAUUACCCCUCUGAGCUACAAUCCAGAGCUCUGGAACAAGUUAAUUUAUCGCCUAGGGUUACACCAGGACCCUUUGGCAAUUGUGGUCCAAUCCCUUCUCCAAGGCCAAGUCCAAAGAUCAGGCUCUCUCCCAGGCUUGCAUACAUGGGACUGCCUAGCCCAAGGACCCCCAUUGCUGCAUCUGGCUAAAGCCAAUUCAACAAGGGAAGCCCUUCACAACUAGAAACAUUCAUGACUGGAGGCACUUCUGGUGCCCCUAACUUGAUUUUAUUCAUUGAUUUUUUAUUUUAUUUUUCCCUGUAGAUUGCUUAUUUGUGGUGAAUAAUUUUUUUUCACCCAGUUUUGACUCCUUUUUUUUGGUUCUGGGUUGGGUUCAUUUGAUUCUUUCUUGUAAUAAAAAAUGGAAAGCAUUUGUUUUUAAUGAAAGAUGAUGUUCUUUAUUUGUUCUCU